AAUAAUAAUUUAAGAUAUUUUUUGCUAAAACUUUACAUUUUUCUCCAUUCUUUAAUUCUCAGAAAUAACGACUUAGAGGCUAAUUGUUCCAAUCUUGGCCUGAACCCCCCUAAAGCACGGAAGACAGGGACCACCAUCGCGGGGCUCAUCUUUAGGGAUGGAGUCAUUCUGGGGGCGGACAGGAGGGCCACCGAUGACAUGGUGGUGGCAGAUAAGAACUGUGCCAAGAUUCAUUACAUCACUGACAAUAUAUAUUGUUGUGGAGCUGGAGUAGCUGCUGAUGCAGAAUACGUGACCCAGCUUCUAUCCUCCAACAUGAACCUCCACGCACUCUCCACCGGGCGUCAGGUGCGUGUGUGCUCAGCUAACAGGAUGCUGAAACAGCUGCUGUACAGAUAUCAAGGCCACGUCGGUGCAUCGAUCAUCACUGCAGGGGUGGAUGUGCAAGGCCCCCAUCUGUACAGCGUCCAUCCACAUGGAUCCACAAGCAAAAUUCCGUUCACAGCUCUAGGAUCUGGCCAAGCUGCAGCAGUCGCUGUAUUAGAAGAUGGAUUUAAACCCAACAUGACGGUAAGAAUCCAAGUGUCAUUAAAGUGUAUGUAA